AUGCCUUUGGUUGAUAUAACUAAUCCGGCUGUAAUAAUUUUUCUGAUUGAAAAUUAUGAGAAAGAGAAUCGAUUGCGACUGAACUGGAUUCAUAAGCAUUGGGAUCAGAUUCAACAGGCCGCUACAUUAACAAGAGAGCCAACUAAUUAUUUCGAAACCGAUGUUAUUUCUCACAACAUGGUGGGUGGCUUGGCUACCAUAACAAGGGACCAUAUCGUGGCAGGAUACAAUAGACGCAAGAAACCGUUACGCGAUGGGACAUUUAUACCAGGAGUCGAAAAUCUUCGACAGGGCCAUUCUAUUAUUGACGUUGGGCUCGCUGACGGUGACGAUCCAAGACUUACUAGACCAAACACAGACCUUUCCAUUGAUCCUGUAAUGCGUCCAGUCGAACCAGAAGUAACGGAGAUUAUUUACAAACCAAAACCAGAGUUCGGCAAAGACACGUACUUAGCAAAGCGAGCGAAAGUUAGCCCAGAGAAGAAAUAUUACUUCGCUGAAUGUAGCAAUAACCAGUACGGCUGGCGUCUCAAAGAUAGUGAGUUACGUCAGAAACCUCUUUACGGAAGGUGCUGGCAUCUAACGAAGGCUUUGCGCAGUAGAGUCGGUCCCAAACCAGAUCCGCCACACUAUAAGCCUUCGGAUAUCCCAGGGCGAUCUAAUUGUGUUGGUAUUUAG